CGUGAAGGUGCAGGUAAGCAGUCACGUUGCUGUCUCCUUGCUGUCUUCUUUCACUCUCGCAACACUCCCACUAACUAUAUGUUAUCAAGCGCCCUCCCACUUCCGUCCUUGUCACAGACCGUUACAACUCCACUGAACUGAACUCAACUCAACUCAACUGUUCAAUUCAUGAUGGCAGCUGUAACAGGCGCCCCUCCUCCAGAUCCUUUGCGACUGCCACCCUCAGGACCCACUGGCACAGCAUCAAGCAGGCACUUCUGCAUCCGGUAUCCCAGCAGAGAACUCACGCCGGAUGAGGUGGCUGCUGGUCAUACUCGCUGCUCGGAGUGUCGCGCCAAGCAUGCUACACAGACUGCUACACGCGUAAGUACCACUUUCAAUCAAACGCCAUACCUACCAUAUAUUUGUAUAUAGGGUCAGGUGACGUCAGGUCACCUGGGUCCCUGUAUACCCGCCUUCUCGGUUACCGGGCUUUGACGCCAGAUUGACGAAGCGCGCAUUGGAGCUACUACCACAGGCUGUCAUCCAGACAAGUUUCCAUACAUCAGCAUGCCAACACGUAAGCUCACACCUAUUUCAGAAUGGAACAAGACUGUUAUCUUGAGUUGGGCGUUCUCAUCACUAUACCCAAGCAGUAUUGACGCUCAAUCUUUGCUAGUAGUUGAUGAGCUGUACGCUUGAGAGCCGUUAGGCUCUUAUCAGGUAGGCAGCAGGCCUCGUGCCAGCGGCUGUACUGAUCAACAGCGUGGAACUGUCGA